UGUUGAAUGACCUUCUUGUUCUACUCGCCCGUCCCUUCCCCAAUCUCUGCUUUUCUCUUCCAAGCACGAGCAGCCAUUGGAGACUCAAUUGUCUAUGUCCGAUCAAAGAUUACGAUCGGCCUCAAUUGAAUUCUAGAAAACAGAAAUAAGAAAAGGAAUUCUACGAGUUCUUCAAUAUGAUGACGCGGUCGUCUUCUGGUCAAAUCAACAUCGCGGCGCGUACGAAGAAACUCGAUGUAGAUAAUCGAAUCUCUCUGAGAAUUUACUAUCGGAUCGCUGAUAAUGUCCUCAAACAGGCUGACAUUUUCCGCUCAGAGGGAGACGUCAUAGAUUUAUAUGUCAUGCUUCUUAGAUUCUCAAGUUUGGUCUCUGAGACAAUACCAUGCCAUCGAGAUUAUCGAGCAUCACUGCAGAGCAACAAAAUUUAUCUAAAAAAGAGAUUACUAAAUGCUGUGGCUGAGCUUGAGCAACUGAAGCCAAUAGUUCAACAGAAACUCGAGGAGCUAAAUAGAAAAAGCACAUAUCAAGUGAAUAAGGGGAACAAUCAUCAUCAAAAUAAUCUUUUAGGAUUCUCAAGAGAGUUUUAUCCAGCCAAUAAGCAAAACCCAAAGGCUUAUGGAACAACUAAGGUAGCAGCACCAGUUGUUCGAGAUUUUGUGUCUCAAGUCCCAAGAACCCAGCAGUUUUUGCUUGUGAACCCAGUAAAUGAGCAGAUGCGCCAUUUGUCACUUAGUAUACCGCGUCCAAAGGAUGAAACUCUGACCAGACAUUCCAUCCUGGGUCCAAAUGGACUUCGAGGACAGUGGCAACCUCCAGCUAGUGACAGAGGGGUGUCUUAUCCAAGUAAUGUUGACUUCACUCCUGUUCUAAUCCCCAGGGAAAACAGGCUCCUGCAGCCUCUAGAAAAUGAAUCCUUGGAUAAAAAGGAUGACGUCAGUUCAGAAUGUGGAAAACCAUGUCUGGAAUCUACGUUACCGGUAGAUAGUGACAAGCCAGUGCUGCGUCUUGAAGAACCUGCUUCAUUGAUUUCCUUUGAUACAGAAGAAAGCCCUCUACAAUCAGAAAUCAUUAGACAACCAUCUCCUCCACCUGUUCUUGCAGAGGUACAAGAUUUGAUGCCACCUGCAUCAUCUCCAGUCGAUGAGGUGGAAUGUGGAUUGGUUAAAUCAUCCCCUGAUGGCCUAAUCUGCUCUGAAAACCCAUUGCAAUUGCACAUUUCAACAUCUCUGAUGGAUGCAUUCAUGAAGCUAGCCAAGUCCAAUACUAACAAAAAUCUGGAAACCUGUGGUGUUCUUGCUGGAUCACUUAAAAAUCGAAGAUUUUAUGUCACAGCUCUCAUCAUUCCCAAGCAGGAAUCAACAUCAGAUUCGUGUCAAACUACAAAUGAGGAGGAAAUAUUUGAAGUUCAAGAUAAGCAAUCACUGUUUCCUCUUGGGUGGAUUCAUACGCAUCCAACGCAAUCAUGUUUCAUGUCAUCCAUUGAUGUUCAUACCCAGUACUCAUAUCAGAUCAUGUUGCCUGAAGCUAUUGCAAUUGUAAUGGCCCCAAGAGAUAGUUCAAGAACUCAUGGAAUAUUCCGAUUGACGAAUCCGGGUGGUAUGACAGUUAUACGACAAUGUCCGAGGCGUGGUUUUCAUCCGCAUGACCCCCCUCCUGAUGGUAGCCCAAUUUAUAAGCAUUGUGCAGAUGUCUAUAUGGAUUCUAAAUUGAAGUUCGACGUCAUUGAUCUUCGAUGAUUGCAAUCAUAGAUUAAUCAGAUACAUCUUUCAUCAUGAUCCUUGUUUGUUUUGCCUUUGCAAUAUUGGUUGGUCUACAAGAUGUCAAUACAUAAUCCGUGAAUACUCAAUUUGAUAUUGCUGUUACCGGGCAACUCUUGAAGCUGCAGCUUGUAUGCAGGUAAAGGUUGUAAAAGGUUCGUGCCUGGCAUUUUUCUCAAAAAGGUUCAUGCCUGGCAUUCUUGCAGAUAUAAUAGAACUGCAUCAUUGAAUACUUAUAAUAUAAACAAUCUUUGUAAAUAGAAAUUCUUUUUCAGGCAUCAUGUGUGUAAACUUGCAAAAUAUUCUCAACACUAUUGACAUCUUAGUUGUAACUGUGCAUCAGUUAUCCUAUGUACUUUGUGAAUAUAGUUCUGCUGGUUCUUGUCCUAGACUUUACCGA